AUGGAUUCUCGAGGACUCAGUGGGCGACGCGGCGUGGGUGGGUCGCCACAUGCCGCCAACGCGUCGCAGUCGACGGCUCUGCGACCCAGCAGCGGGUCUCCUGCGAGGUCCGCUUCGCCCUCCAGAAGCGGCGUCAGCAGCGCAAUUCCCGGAGCCAGCUUAGUCACGUCGUCCACGUCAGCGUCCGGCGAUCCGCGGAGGGGCGGAGGCGGCGGAGGCGGAAGCGGAAGCUCCUCCCCCGUCCUCCGCCACGCGGCGCGCGGGCCUUCGUUUAAGUCACAGCAGCCGCGCCGCGAUUCGCGCCGCAAUCCUCUCCUGCAAUUCGGCCUCCAGUGCCUGACAACUUCCGCCGCCAUUCUCCUCUUCGCGUUACUGUUCACAGCCGACGCGAUCAUAUCUACGAUUUUAUCCUCCCCCAGAUCUACCUCCCCCGGCUCGUCCUCCCUCUCCGUCGUCUCCGAUCCCUUCGGCUCUGUCCACGUGGCAGUAGGCGACGGGUCAGGCACGAGGCGACGAGCCGCGGAGUACGAAAAAGAGGCCUAUCAGAACCUCCCCGCCUCUGGCGGCGGAAAAGGCGGGAACGGGGAAGGCGGCUCUGUGCGGGGAGGCGCGGAGAAGCAGGCGGGGAGCGCAAGGGGCGGAGUGGCGGAGGCGGGCGGCCGCGCGGAGGUGCGGUGGCGCGCGGAGAGGCUGCGCGUGCAGUGGUCGGGUCCGCCCAUGGGGGAGGAGGUGCAGCAGCGCGUGGCUGCCGCGACGGCCGUGGUGGCGGAUGAGCGCAAGAGGCUCAACGCACAGCCGUUCCAGCUGCACAUUCUGGUGAGGGCGGAGUGUGGCAAGGGGCUGAAGGCGCUGCUACAGUCACUGCAGGACGUGAAAUACGGAGAGGACGAGGUGCAGCUGACCGUUGCUACCACAUGCAGCGCUGCUGCUAGAAGCGCUCAGGAGUUCCCCUGGUUCCACGGCCCAAGGCGCGUAAUCGAGCUAUCAGGCAACAGCGCCAAGCCCACCGACCCGCUGCCCCUCUGGUUCCCCGCCUCCCCUCGCGAGUUCCUCCUCCUCCUCGACCCCUCCUCCCGCGUCUCCCCCGGCCUCUACCCCGUGCUUAAAGCCCUGGCGCUCGCCCCUGCUGCUGCUGGUAACCCUGCCGCUUUCACUGUCGAGGCGAGCGUUGGGGGGUUUUAUGGGGGCUAUGGGGGCGAGGGUGUGGGGGAUGGAGCAGGGGAGAAGGGAGGAGGGGAGAGAAGCAGCAGCAGCAGCAGCGGUGGUGGUGGGGACAGUAGCGGAGGGGAUAGUAACGGAAGUGAUAGUAACGGAAGUGACAGUAGCGAGGAGGAGAGCACGGGUGCGCAUGUGUCAGGGCUGUUUGGGAUCGCUCUAGACCCGGACUCACCCUUCCUGGCAGAAGACUCGCCAAUCAUGACGGGCUUUAAGCGCCCAGAAGAAACCCUAAUAGGGGGAGCAGCAUCAGGAGCAGGCGCAGCAGCAGGAGGAGCAGGACGGGCAGCAGGAAGGGCAGCAGCAGGAGGGGCAGGGGGAGAAGCACCGGGAGUGGGGGUGUUGUCGUUGGCCAUGGCUCGCUCGUGCCAGGUGGUGUUUCCGCAGCCGUGGCGGCAGUUCUGGGCGUGGCAUGCGCUGUCGCAGGCCCAGCAGGUCAACUCUGCCCACCUCAAGUUCGACUGGGAUGCCUACGACUUCAGCGCCCCCUGCCGGGAAGUCAACUGGGGGGACAUCUCACCACCUCAGCCCCAGCAGGUCAACUCUGCUCAUCUCAAGUUCGACUGGGACGCCUAUGACUUGAGCGCGCCCUGCCGGGAUGGUGACAUGGGGGGAGUCUGGGGAGGGGUCUGGUCUAGGAAGGGUAAGAGCGCUGUUGACGUGACGCUGUCUCAGGCCCAGCAGGUCAACUCCGCCCAUCUCAAGUUCGACUGGGACGCCUAUGACUUGAGCGCGCCCUGCCGGGAUGGUGACAUGGGGGGAGUCUGGGGAGGGGCCUGGUCUAGGAAGGGUAAGAGCGCUGUUGACGUGACGCUGUCUCAGGCCCAGCAGGUCAACUCCGCCCAUCUCAAGUUCGACUGGGACGCCUAUGACUUGAGCGCGCCCUGCCGGGAUGGUGACAUGGGGGGAGUCUGGGGAGGGGCCUGGUCUAGGAAGGGUAAGAGCGCUGUUGACGUGACGCUGUCUCAGGCCCAGCAGGUCAACUCCGCCCAUCUCAAGUUCGACUGGGACGCCUACGACUUCAGUGCCCCGUGUCGGGAAGGUGAGAGUGGGGGAGGGGCCUGGGCAGGCACUCCGUGCAGGGAAGGUGAGACGGGUAGGAGCAGCAGGAGUGGGGGCAGCAAGAGGGGCAGUAGGAGGGGCAGCAGGGGCGGGGGAAAUGGGGGGGGAAGCAGGGGUGGGGGUGCUGUCGCUGGCGAUGGCUCGUUCGUGCUUGGUGGUGUUUCCACAGCCGUGGCGGCAGUUCUGGGCGUGGCACGCGCUGUCGCAGUCCCAGCAGGUCAACUCCGCCCACCUCAAGUUCGACUGGGAGGCAAGGCAGGGAAGGUGAGACGGUGGGAGGGGUCCAAAUCGGUGAGCGAGCUUCCUGACAUACGUACGUGGAUGAGAGAUGCAGGGGUGUGGACGUGCAAGGCAGGGAAGGUGAGAGAUGCAGGGGUGUGGACGUGCAAGGCAGGGAAGGUGAGAGAUGCAGGGGUGUGGACGUGCAAGGCAGGGAAGGUGAGAGAUGCAGGGGUGUGGACGUGCAAGGCAGGGAAGGUGAGAGAUGCAGGGGUGUGGACGUGCAAGGCAGGGAAGGUGAGAGAUGCAGGGGUGUGGACGUGCAAGGCAGGGAAGGUGAGAGAUGCAGGGGUGUGGACGUGCAAGGCAGGGAAGGUGAGAGAUGCAGGGGUGUGGACGUGCAAGGCAGGGAAGGUGAGAGAUGCAGGGGUGUGGACGUGCAAGGCAGGGAAGGUCGGUUUUGAGAAUUCUCACCUCUCCCCCUCAAAAACCCAAGCAACGCAUCCUUUCCACCCACCUCUCCCCCACAUAUUUUCCUUCUCCCAUCAUCAUCCCACCUUCCCCUCAAUAAUCCCACCCAUCUUCCCAUCAUCCCACCCUUGUUUCCAUCCUCCCCUCCCUCCCACCCUACUCCCCUACAAGCCUUUCCAUGCGUCUCUUCUCUGCUUCUUCCCACCUCCCACCCAUUUCCAUCCUUUUCCAUGCAUCUCUGCUUCUCGACCGAUUCCCAACCCCCUCUCGCCUACCCAACCACUUCCCCAUCCCUCACAUGCUCAUCAUCACAUCCUCCUCCCCUCUCAUCUCCACCCAUAA